AUGCAAAAUCAGACCAUAGUAGCUGAGUUUACCCUGACUGCCUUUCCUGUUCUUCAGAAGCUUCAGAUUUUCCUUUUUGUGGUCCUCUUGUUUACUUACAUGCUUACUCUAACUGGAAAUACGGUCAUCAUUUCCCUAAUAUGGGCUGAUAAUCGCCUCCAAACACCAAUGUACUUCUUCCUCAGUAAUCUGUCAUUUUUGGACAUCUUAUACACUACCUCGGUUACCCCAAAGCUCUUGUCCUGUUUCCUAGUGGACAGGAAGACCAUAUCCUUUGCUAGCUGCAUCACUCAAACAUACUUCUUUUUUUUCUUGGGGACGGUGGAAUUUAUCCUUUUGGCGGUGAUGUCCUUUGACCGCUAUGUGGCCAUCUGUAACCCCCUGCGCUAUACCAUCAUCAUGAACAACAGAGUGUGCCUCCUAUUGGUCCUGGGCUGCUGGAUGGGAGCCUUCCUUUCAGUGCUGUGCCCAACAAUUGUGGUGUCCAGAUUGCCUUUCUGUCAUAAGGAAAUUAGUCACUUUUUCUGUGACAUUGCCCCUUUGCUGCAGAUGGCCUGUGUUGACACUCACUUCAUCGAGAUGAUUAACUUUCUCUUGUCUUCCCUGGUGCUCCUGACCUCACUGGUGCUCACCACUGUGUCCUAUAGCUACAUCAUUGCCACCAUCCUGCGCAUCCCCUCUGCCCAAGGACGUCAGAAGGCCUUCUCCACCUGUGCUUCUCACAUCACCGUCGUCUCCAUUGCCUAUGGGAGCAACAUCUUCAUGUAUGUUAGGCCUAACCAGAGCUAUUCACUGGAUUUUGACAAGGUGACAGCUGUCCUCACCACCAUGGUGACCCCUCUUCUUAAUCCCUUCAUUUAUAGUCUAAGAAAUGAAAAGGUAAAAGAAGUCUUGAAAGAAGCAAUGAGCAAAAUUAUGUCCUUACUGCAAAGGAAAACUUGA